GGACGCGGAGGCUGGGAAAGUGGGUGGCAAGCAAGUGGUUGAUGGAUGGCGGGUCAAAGGUGAUUGAUCUGGAGUAACCGGCUUCCCAUCACACCACUCCGGUGGCGGAUGUUGCUUUCAGCAAACAAACAAACAAACAAACAAACAGAUGGGGGGAAAAUAGAAUGAAAUAAGGAGUGGAGGAUUAAAGGAGGUGUUUUAAAUUAUUAUCCUUUUUUCUCUCCCCUCUUCCUUUCAAAGAGAUGGGAGGGACUCCGGCAUUGAGUGGGAAGAAGGAGGAGCUUUAGGCUGGUGUGUUACACGCACAGGCACCACGCAGACUCUCGCCCUGAAUGGGAGAGUGCCUGCCAACCAUCUCUUCUGCAGCAGCAACAGGAGGAGCAGCGCCGCCAGCCUGCUGCGCCAGGCCUGGAGGAGGCUUCGGGGGCAUCCCUCCCUUCUCCGCAGAGAGCACCUGGAGUUCCUUCUGGCAGUGGAUAACGAACCAAAUAACAAGGAUCGCAAGAGUGGUGCAAACCUACUUUGGAGGCACGAUGGGCGAUCCCUUGCCGGAGGACAAGCCCCUGGAGCUGGGUGCGCACUCUCGCUUCAUCAUUGGCUCCGUGUCGGAGGAUAACUCUGAGGAUGAGACGAGCUCCUUGGUGAAAAUCGACUUGCUGGAGGACAAAGAGCAGUCCUUGUCUCCCGUCUCCGUCAGCUCAGACUCUCUUUCUGACCUCGGUCCUUCCAGUGUCCAAGACAGCUUGCCUAUGAGGCCAAGUAUGUCUGGUCUCCACCUCAUGAAGCAGGGCCGGGAUAGAAAGAAAGUGGACCUGCAGAGGGAUUUCACCGUCGCGUCACCCGCAGAGUUUGUCACUCGCUUUGGGGGGAACAAAGUCAUUGAGAAGGUCCUUAUUGCCAACAAUGGAAUUGCGGCGGUGAAAUGUAUGCGGUCCAUCAGGCGCUGGUCCUACGAGAUGUUUCGGAACGAGCGAGCCAUCCGGUUUGUUGUCAUGGUGACGCCUGAAGACUUGAAAGCCAACGCAGAGUACAUUAAGAUGGCUGAUCACUAUGUCCCGGUGCCCGGAGGCCCAAACAACAACAACUAUGCAAAUGUGGAACUGAUUUUGGAUAUUGCAAAGCGGAUUCCUGUGCAGGCUGUCUGGGCUGGUUGGGGCCACGCCUCAGAGAACCCCAAACUACCAGAGCUUCUCCACAAAAAUGGAAUUGCCUUCAUGGGGCCCCCAAGCCAAGCUAUGUGGGCACUAGGAGAUAAAAUCGCCUCCUCGAUAGUGGCUCAGACUGCGGGCAUCCCCACCCUUCCUUGGAGCGGCUGCGGCCUCAAGGUGGACUGGCAGGAGUCGGACUCUCCGAAGCGCAUCUUGAACGUUCCCCGGGAGCUGUAUGAAAAGGGCUGCGUGACCGACGUGGAUGACGGGCUGCGGGCAGCGGAAGAAGUUGGCUACCCUGUCAUGAUCAAAGCUUCCGAAGGAGGGGGAGGAAAAGGAAUCCGGAAAGUGAACAACGCUGACGACUUUCCCAAUCUCUUCAGACAGGUACAAGCUGAGGUGCCGGGAUCCCCCAUCUUUGUGAUGCGCCUUGCCAAACAGUCCCGCCACCUGGAAGUCCAGAUCCUCGCAGACCAAUACGGCAAUGCCAUCUCCCUUUUCGGUCGCGACUGUUCAGUCCAGCGCCGACACCAGAAAAUCAUCGAGGAGGCUCCCGCAUCGAUUGCCACGUUGGCCGUCUUUGAACACAUGGAACAGUGUGCCGUGAAACUUGCCAAGAUGGUGGGCUAUGUGAGUGCUGGCACAGUGGAAUACCUUUACAGCCAGGACGGCAGCUUCUACUUCUUGGAGCUGAACCCCCGGCUCCAGGUGGAACAUCCCUGCACAGAGAUGGUGGCCGAUGUCAACCUGCCUUCAGCUCAGCUACAGAUUGCCAUGGGAAUUCCCCUCCACAGGAUCAAGGAUAUCCGAAUCAUGUAUGGAGUGUCUCCCUGGGGCGACAGCCCUAUUGACUUUGAGAAUUCUGCCCAUGUGCCUUGUCCGCGGGGUCAUGUGAUUGCUGCCCGCAUCACGAGCGAAAAUCCCGAUGAGGGGUUCAAGCCCAGUUCUGGAACUGUCCAGGAGCUGAACUUCCGCAGCAACAAGAACGUCUGGGGCUAUUUCAGUGUCGCCGCUGCCGGAGGACUUCACGAGUUUGCUGACUCGCAGUUUGGUCACUGUUUCUCCUGGGGAGAAAACCGCGAGGAAGCCAUCUCGAACAUGGUCGUGGCUCUGAAAGAGCUUUCCAUCCGGGGGGACUUCCGGACCACCGUGGAGUACUUGAUUAAGCUGCUGGAAACGGAGAGCUUUCAGCAAAACUGCAUUGAUACUGGCUGGCUGGACCGGCUGAUUGCAGAGAAAGUGCAGGCAGAGAGACCAGACACCAUGCUGGGAGUCGUGUGUGGGGCUCUGCACGUGGCUGACGUAGGCUUUCGGAACAGCGUCUCCAAUUUCCUGCACUCCUUAGAGAGGGGCCAAGUCUUACCUGCUCAUACGCUGCUGAACACAGUGGAUGUGGAACUUAUUUAUGAAGGAAAGAAAUAUGUGCUGAAGGUGACUAGACAGUCUCCAAACUCCUAUGUCGUCAUCAUGAACGGCUCCCUCGUGGAGGUGGAUGUUCACCGGCUGAGCGAUGGAGGGCUGCUCUUGUCCUACGAUGGCAGCAGCUACACCACCUACAUGAAAGAGGAAGUAGACAGGUACCGCAUCACUAUUGGCAACAAGACCUGCGUCUUUGAGAAGGAGAAUGACCCGUCCAUCCUGCGUUCGCCUUCAGCGGGGAAGCUCAUCCAGUACGUGGUGGAAGACGGAGGGCAUGUCUUUGCUGGCCAGUGCUUUGCCGAAAUUGAGGUGAUGAAGAUGGUGAUGACUCUGACUGCUGUGGAGUCAGGCUGCAUCCAUUAUGUGAAGCGUGCCGGUGCGGCGCUCGAUCCCGGCUGCAUCAUUGCCAAACUGCAGCUUGAUGACCCAAGCCGAGUUCAGCAGGCUGAGUUCCACACGGGGGCCUUGCCGCAGAUCCAGAGCACGGCGCUCCGGGGAGAGAAACUCCACCGCGUCUUCCACUAUGUCCUUGACAACCUCGUGAAUGUCAUGAAUGGAUACUGCCUUCCGGAGCCCUUCUAUGGCUGCAAGCUGAAAGAUUGGGUCGAGCGGUUAAUGAAGACCCUCCGAGAUCCCUCCUUGCCUCUCCUGGAACUUCAGGACAUCAUGACGAGCGUUUCCGGGAGGAUCCCUCCCAACGUGGAGAAAUCCAUCAAAAAGGAAAUGGCCCAGUAUGCCAGCAACAUCACUUCCGUCCUCUGCCAGUUUCCCAGCCAGCAGAUCGCCAACAUCCUGGACAGUCACGCGGCCACCUUAAAUCGCAAAUCGGAGCGAGAGGUCUUCUUCAUGAACACUCAGAGUAUCGUGCAGCUGGUGCAGAGGUACCGGAGUGGCAACCGAGGGCACAUGAAGACUGUAGUCAUGGACUUGCUACGACAAUACCUGAAGGUGGAAACUCAAUUUCAGCACGGUCACUACGAUAAGUGUGUCUUCGCCCUCCGAGAAGAGAACAAAACUGACAUGAACACUGUCCUCAACUACAUCUUUUCCCAUGCCCAAGUCACCAAGAAGAAUCUUCUCGUGACAAUGCUCAUCGACCAGCUGUGCGGACGAGAUCCGACCUUGACGGACGAGCUCAUUAACAUCUUGACGGAGUUGACCCAGCUCAGCAAGACCACCAAUGCCAAGGUCGCCCUACGGGCCCGUCAGGUCCUCAUCGCUUCCCACUUGCCCUCUUACGAGCUGCGACAUAACCAGGUGGAGUCCAUCUUCCUCUCGGCCAUCGAUAUGUACGGGCACCAGUUCUGUAUAGAGAAUUUGCAGAAACUCAUUCUUUCGGAGACAUCCAUCUUCGAUGUACUACCAAACUUCUUCUAUCACAGUAACCAGGUAGUGAGGAUGGCUGCUUUGGAGGUGUAUGUUCGAAGGGCAUACAUCGCCUACGAGCUGAACAGCGUCCAGCACCGCCAGCUGAAAGACAACACUUGUGUGGUGGAGUUCCAGUUCAUGCUCCCCACUUCCCAUCCAAACAGAGGGAACAUACCCACGCUAAACAGAAUGUCCUUCUCAUCCAACCUCAACCAUUAUGGGAUGGUGCACGUGGCCAGCGUCAGCGACGUUCUCUUGGACAACUCGUUCACCCCUCCGUGCCAACGCAUGGGCGGGAUGGUUUCCUUCCGAACCUUCGAAGACUUUGUCCGGCUCUUCGACGAAGUCAUGGGAUGCUUUUGUGACUCUCCACCUCAAAGCCCCACCUUCCCGGAAGCAGGCCACCCGUCCUUGUAUGAUGAAGAUAAGAGUGCCAGAGACGAGCCAAUUCACAUCCUCAACGUCGCCAUUAAGACCGAUUGCGACAUCGAUGACGAAGGGCUGGCCAGCAUGUUCAAAGAGUUCACACAAACCAAGAAAUCCAUCCUGAUUGACCAUGGCAUCCGGCGACUGACUUUCCUUGUGGCGCAAAAGGAUUUCAGGAAACAGGUCAACUGUGAGGUGGACCAAAGAUUUCAUAGGGAAUUCCCCAAAUUUUUCACAUUCCGGGCGAGAGAUAAGUUUGAAGAAGACAGAAUCUACCGCCACUUGGAACCGGCAUUGGCCUUCCAGCUGGAACUCAACCGAAUGCGCAACUUUGACCUCACUGCCAUUCCAUGUGCCAACCACAAGAUGCAUCUCUACCUGGGCGCCGCAAAAGUGGAGGCGGGUGCUGAGGUUACGGACUACAGAUUCUUUGUGCGGGCGAUCAUCCGGCACUCGGACUUGGUUACCAAGGAGGCAUCCUUCGAAUAUCUACAGAACGAGGGGGAGCGCUUGCUUCUGGAAGCCAUGGACGAGCUGGAGGUGGCUUUCAACAACACCAACGUGCGCACGGACUGCAACCACAUCUUCCUCAACUUCGUCCCGACGGUCAUUAUGGACCCAUCAAAGAUCGAAGAGUCCGUACGGAGCAUGGUGAUGCGCUACGGCAGCCGCUUGUGGAAGCUCAGAGUCCUCCAGGCGGAGCUGAAGAUCAACAUUCGGUUGACGCCGACCGGCAAGGCGAUUCCCAUCCGGCUCUUCCUGACCAAUGAGUCCGGUUAUUAUCUGGACAUAAGCCUGUACAAAGAGGUGACGGACUCCAGAACGGCACAGAUCAUGUUCCAGGCUUACGGCGAUAAGCAAGGGCCACUACAUGGAAUGUUGAUCAACACUCCGUAUGUGACGAAGGACCUGCUCCAGUCCAAGAGAUUCCAGGCGCAGUCAUUGGGGACGACGUACGUCUACGACAUCCCUGAAAUGUUCCGACAGUCUUUAAUUAAACUCUGGGAAUCCAUGAAAGACUUUGCGACCCUGCCUGCUCCUCCGCUGCCUUCCGACCUGCUGACAUUCACAGAGCUGGUGCUGGACGACCAAGGCCAAUUGGUGCAUAUGAACAGGCUGCCUGGAGGAAAUGAGAUUGGCAUGGUGGCCUGGCGAAUGACUCUCAAGAGCCCCGAGUAUCCAGAUGGGAGGGACAUCAUCGUCAUUAGCAAUGACAUCACCUACCGGAUCGGGUCCUUUGGGCCCCAAGAAGACCUGCUCUUCCUUCGGGCAUCGGAGCUGGCUCGGCAGCUGGGCAUCCCCCGGAUCUACGUGGCAGCCAACAGCGGCGCCAGGAUCGGAUUGGCCGAGGAGAUCCGCCACAUGUUCCACGUCGCCUGGGAAGACCCUGCUGACCCGUACAAAGGAUUCAAGUAUCUUUACCUAACUCCCCAGGAUUAUAAGAGAGUCAGUGCUUUGAACUCAGUACAUUGUGAGCAUGUGGAGGACGAAGGAGAAUCUAGGUAUAAAAUUACAGAUAUUAUUGGGAAGGAAGAAGGACUUGGAACUGAGAACUUGCGGGGAUCUGGCAUGAUCGCUGGAGAAUCAUCACUGGCGUAUGAAGAUAUUAUCACUAUCAGCCUGGUGACGUGCCGCGCAAUUGGAAUCGGGGCUUACCUUGUCCGGUUGGGGCAGAGAACAAUCCAAGUGGAAAAUUCACAUAUCAUCCUAACCGGAGCUGGAGCCCUCAACAAAGUGCUUGGAAGAGAGGUGUACACCUCCAACAACCAGCUGGGUGGGAUCCAGAUCAUGCACAACAACGGGGUGACCCAUAGCACAGUAUGUGACGACUUCGAAGGGGUCUACACCAUUCUUCAAUGGCUGUCUUACAUGCCAAAGAGCGUUUUCAGCCCAGUCCCAAUGAUCACUGUCAAGGACCCGAUAGAAAGAACUGUUGACUUUGUUCCCACCAAGACACCUUAUGAUCCUCGCUGGAUGCUGGCUGGACGCCCUAACCCAGCUCAGAAGGGCCAGUGGCUCUCUGGCUUCUUUGACUACGGCUCCUUUUCAGAGAUCAUGCAGCCGUGGGCUCAGACAGUUGUGGUUGGCAGAGCCAGGCUGGGUGGAAUACCUGUUGGAGUGGUUGCGGUCGAAACCCGGACAGUGGAGCUGACGAUCCCUGCAGACCCUGCAAACCUAGACUCGGAAGCCAAGAUUAUCCAGCAGGCUGGCCAGGUGUGGUUUCCUGACUCAGCCUUCAAGACGGCUCAAGCAAUAAAGGAUUUCAACCGGGAAGGGCUGCCGCUGAUGGUCUUUGCAAACUGGAGAGGCUUCUCUGGAGGAAUGAAAGACAUGUACGACCAGGUGUUGAAAUUCGGGGCCUACAUCGUGGACGGUUUGCGGGAGUACAGGCAGCCUGUCCUUGUUUACAUCCCGCCACAAGCAGAGCUGAGAGGAGGCUCCUGGGUGGUGAUCGACCCCACCAUUAACCCUCGGCACAUGGAGAUGUACGCAGAUCGGGAAAGCAGAGGAGGGGUUCUGGAGCCCGAAGGCACAGUGGAAAUCAAGUUCCGAAAGAAAGAUUUGGUGAAGACAAUGAGGCGUGUGGAUCCCAUCUACGUGCGUCUGGCAGAACGACUUGGCACCCCGGAGCUAAGCCCAGCUGAGCGGAAGGAACUGGAGACCAAGCUGAAGGAACGGGAGGAAUUCCUAAUUCCCAUUUACCAUCAGGUAGCAGUGCAGUUUGCUGACUUGCACGACACGCCCGGCCGGAUGCAGGAGAAGGGUGUCAUUACGGAUAUUCUGGAGUGGAAAACAUCCCGCACUUUCUUUUACUGGAGGCUCCGGCGCCUUCUCCUUGAGGACCUGGUCAAGAAGAAAAUCCACGAUGCCAACCCAGAACUGACAGAUGGCCAGAUCCAAGCCAUGCUGAGACGCUGGUUUGUGGAAGUUGAGGGCACGGUCAAGGCGUACUUGUGGGAUAACAACAAAGACCUGGUGGAGUGGCUGGAGAAGCAGCUGACUGAGGAAGAGGGUGCCCGCUCGGUGGUGGAUGAAAACAUCAAAUACAUCUCUCGGGACUACAUCCUCAAGCAGAUACGGAGUUUGGUGCAGGCCAACCCGGAGGUCGCCAUGGAUUCCAUCGUCCACAUGACCCAGCAUAUAUCAUCAACGCAGCGAGCCGAGAUCGUGCGCAUUCUCUCCACCAUGGACGCGCCCGCUUCAACGUAAGCCGGCAAGGCUGGAGGGAAAAGGUGCCCUGCCAUUUCGCCCCUGCUUUCAUCCAUGUAUCUUGGCUCCCGGCAGGGGAUAUGCUGGAAAAAGGACUUCUUAAUUAUUUUCUUCUUUUUUGCGUCUUUUUUAAAAAUCAGACUUGAAUUUCAGAGUAGUCGUGCGAGACUUCAGGAAUACAGGCUCCCCCCCCCCAAACGUAACUUAUGGAUGUCAUACAGUAGUACCUAUUUAUUUAACAAAGUGUAAAGUGGACUUGCAUCUUCUCACAGUCACUGUUGUGACUUCCAAUGAGAUCAUGAAAGGUACCCUGGUACCAUGAGGUCUUAAAUCAAGGGUGGGGGGUGACCACAGGGGCCUUCAACAGAAACCCCCCCUCCAGCCCAAGCUUUUCAUCUCGUGUACACUUUUGUCCAUUGUGUCUGUUACUUGACUUCUCCCAACCUUCCAAACACGAAAGAUCCAGUGUUUGUCACUCAUAUUAGGCAGCAUGGUGGUAGCGCCACCCCUAAAAGGGAGGCCCACAGCGCCUCUUGCUGCUUCUGCUCUAAACUGGUUUAGACUCCUGUCGUCUCUCUUUCCGUGCUGGUGAUGAGGUCACCAUCACUUCAUGCACCAAGUUUAAACCAUCGCCUUUUUUUAAGUCAUAUUAUUAUUAUUUCUCUCUGUGCACGAUUGAUUGGCCAUCAGAUGUUUCAUUUCUGUGUUCAUGCAAUAAACCUAGGAAAGCCAGUCUGCAGGGCAGAUAAAAAGCUCUGCAAUGCUAAAAUAGCCAGACAACAGUGUUUAGAAGAGGCUACAGCCUUUGAGGGGAGAGGUUUCCCUUUGUUCUAUUGGACUUGGAAAUCUGAGGGCUUUUCUGUUUCAUAUGAAAGCUAUUUUGCAAGGCGUCUGGGGCACGAUCCUGUCUGAAAUCAUUCUGCCAUUUGCAGCAGAACGAACAAGCGCCACCCCAGCUAUAUAUCCCUCAUCCACAAAGUGUAGCACAGGCUUCCCCAAGCUGGUGCCCUCAAGAUGAUUCUGAGGACAUCUCCCAUCAGUCCCUGCAUCAUGUGACUGUGCUACCUGAAUUGAGCUGAUCCUACAGCGUAACUUUCCAUAUGGCCUAGCUCUACCAUGAAGUUUUCAUGGAGAACAGCGGCUUGGCAUUCAGUAAGGAGCAGUCAACAUGGUGCUGUUCAGAAGGCCCUGGCCUCCACAUCAGCAUUAAGACAUCAUUCUUGGGUGUGAUGGAAGGUGUAGUUCAGCAACAUGAAAUGGGGGAGGGCACUGUGUUGGCUACCCCUGAAAAGUAGGGGGCAUGGACUUGAAGUUGUUCCUGUACAGUAAACCCCACAGGUGCCUAUCCUUGCCUUCAAUUCCUUACAUACUUCACUGGCAAUGUAGUUAAUUUGUAAGCUAGAAGUGGCACUUCUGUAAAUCAACACUUUCGGCCUUGGUGGGUGGUGGGCUGGCUGGCUGGCUGUCUUGUGCCAGAGGAGCUAACCUUGAACAGGUGGAGCAGAAAGGUAAAGUUGAGCAUCUCCUGCCCCAUCGGGGUAUAGGACACCCUUUUGUGUUGUCUCUUAAGACAAGGGGGAGGUAGGAAAAAAUGCAGCCUUGCGGGCCUGGAGGGGGGUGGGAACUGGCCAGCAUCCAAGAACUGCCAGCUGAGCAGCACUUUCACCAAGGUGCCAAUUCAGGGAGCUAUGCUAGCGCAAUAGCAGGAAUUCACGUGCACACCUGUGGCCUUGGGUGCCUUGCUUUUUUGGAGGGUCAGGUUGCCCAUUGGCAGCAAGGGGAUGGAGCAGAAUACAUAUGCCACGCUCAGUCAGGCUUGCCUUCCCUACAGCCACCAGCCUCUGCUGGGUCAGUCCAGUGGCUCAUCUGGGCCAGCGUCCUGUUCUUACUGUGGCCAAUGAGAUGCCCCAAUAGGAAGCCCUAAAGCAGGAGGUCUGACAGCUAAAAAAAGGGCACAAGAGCAGAGAGGUGCUUGCAUCUGCAGGGACCAAUGGCAUACACACACAAGCGUCUCACAUCUUGUGUGGGUGAGGAGGCAAUAAAAUAAAAACAUGGAGUGUGAAGGAAACCACUCUCCAUUUAUUCCCCCCCUCCCACUCACCUACAAUCAUGAGCGUACCUGGCUUUCAGGAAGGCAGUUGGGGGGGGGUGUCCUCUGGCAAGGUCCUAGAGCCCUCACACCUCCUUCCCAAAGCUGGGCAAGCACCCCUCCACCUUAUGGGGAGGGGCAGUUCCUGGCUUUCUGCAUAUACGGGUGGACCCUUUGGAAGCCAAGUGACCCGCAAGGCUACACCAGUGUUAGGAGGAGAUGCUACUCACAGCCUGGUUGGUCCAGCUAUUGAGCCUUUGAUGGUUAGUUGGGACGAUAGCCAGUAUUGCACCAGUUCACCAACUUUGGGGGGGGGGGGUUUCAUGAAAGGGAAACACAGCAUUAAAUGAGUCACCCCACCACCAUUCAAUAAAAUAAUACUUUCUGCAAAACCAGUUUUAAGAAAUGCUGUGUUCUUCCCCCCUCAUUACAAGGAAUUAACUUAAUACACAUGUUCCAGCCAAUUGCAAAAGGGGGUGGGGAUCAAAUUUUGUAAGGUGGGGACAUGUCAGAUAUGGGUUCUCUUGGAAGCCCUGUGGCAUGCCUCUUGGGGCAGAUGACUGGAUCCAGGGGGAAGCCAGCCCCAAUCCAAAAAAAGUCUGCAAUCCCACUUACCUAGGAGUAAGCCUCAUUGAAUUCAAUAUAUUUCCCCCCCACAAAAAUCCUAUCCUGCCCUUCAUCCCGAAAAAGCAGAGGGGGCAAUCACCAAAGCAUUAAAACAAUUUUUAAAAAGCUAUUAAAAUAGCAAGUAAUCUGAGACUUACUUCGGAGCAAGUCCUGUUGAAAGGAAGAGCUGGCUACCACAACCUCAUGUCCCACUGCUUUCAGUUAAAGAAGCUUGCAUACCCUGAAAUGAAAGGGGGGGAGAUGGGCAUGAUCCAGUACCACAUAGAUGCACAUCCAAGAGCCAAGGUUGACCGCAGUGCCCUCUGCCAAGCAGACCUCCUGAGUGGGUUGCCUUGUAAUUAAUGCAGAGCAGGGUCCUUAAGGCAGCUACAGGGUUAGCGAUAAAAUAUUGCUGUUCAGAAAAUAAUGGAAAGUGUCUGAAAAGGAAGGCUGCUAAGGACUUUUCGCCCUGUACUUUGAACCCUAUGGAAGGAGCUGGCUCCUAACAUUCCUCUUGAGGAUUUAACGCAGCUGUCACCAACCUGGCACCCUCCAGAUGUUUUGGGCUACCGUUCCCACUGGGAGUUUAAUUCAAAAUAUCUGGGGGCACCAGGCUGGCAAACACUGGUUUAGUGUCUUCCCUUUUUAGUUUGUUUACGUCACUAAAGGAAACCUAAGCCUUGCCCAAAUACUUUCCAGGAGAGAGAACUCUAGGAUGUUAAUUGUAGUAAGCAUGCAGCCAGCCACUUUUCUCUCUCUCCAAACGACACAUCAGUAAGGCCAAGGGCUUGCCACCCAGCAAAUCCCCACAACAGGUUCUGCACUGCCAGGUGAGUCCCGUUCGCCUGCAGCAAUUGCCCAAGGUGGAUGCACAUGCCACCAAAAAAAGAGCACCUCUGUGCUGUCUGCUCUGCAGCAACCAGCUUCAAUAAUCCAGUCUGGUGACGAUGCCGUGGCCUUCAAGUCAACCACCAUGUCUUGGGAUCCUUGCCUUGCGCUGCCUCCAAAAAAGAACUGCGGUGGAAACGGGGAGUCUAACCCGACGGAGGAUUAUCAGCAAAUGUUAAUAAAUGCAUUAUACCUGCCGCUGGCCACACCAUGUUGAUUGGGAACAGGGUGGGGGCAGAUGGGCAAAGGUGAGAGUACAUGCUCUGCCCCCCCCUUUUCUGGAGAGAACAAAACAUUUAAAACUGGGGUUGGCAACCUGUUGGGGUCAGCAAGCACAUUGGGAAUUUUGAGAAAGUGCCGUGAGCGCCAGUUACAAAAUGGCUGUCAUGGGGGUGUGGCCUAACACAAGAUGGGUUAUUUACUUUCAAUGGGUAGCAUAUGAGGUACUGGCAGGCACACUGGUGUCGUGGCGGGGAGCCCUGAUUUAAAAGAUGCUGUUCUCAUUAAGUCUGUAGCAGAAAUACAGGCAGGGAAAGGGACAAGUGGAGAGAGAGAGAGCCCAGUUGAACCAUCCGAUAGAAGUAUUAAUUGAUGUAUGUCUUGGGACAACUUGUGGUGCUGAUGUUUUAUUUCACUUACCUCAAGUUUCUUUUAAUAAAAAAAAAAAUCCAACCAUCAGAUUGUGUUGCGCUGUGAAUUCCUUGACGCAGCUUCCGUGUUUUCAGAGCGCAGCGGUUUCUGUCAAAAACCAGAAGCAAGAAAUCGGGACUGCGUUAACUUCAGACUUUCAUGCAACCUUUAACACCUGAGGCUCCCCCCUCCAAGAAAUCCAUCUCAGCAUUUAUGCCUCCUUCAGGAAAGAUUGCAGCCAGAGAUGGAUCUACAGUGGUACCUUGGUUCUCAAACAACUUGGAACCCAAACACUGCAAAUCCAGAAGGAAGUGUUCCGGUUUGCGAACUUUUUUCCGGAAGCUGAAUGUGCUCCGUUUUGAGUGUUGCGCUUCCGAUUUGAGUGUUACGCUGAAGUCUGCCAGUUUUUGCUAUUUAUUUUGCGUUUUUGCGGCUCUCUUUGUGUGUGACUGUGUGCAACCCAGUUCAGCUACUGAUUGAUUGAUUGUGUGACUGCAGUACACUGUUUAUUGCUUUCAUUUUAUGGAUCAAUGGUCUCAUUACCUAGUAAAAUUCAUGUUAAAUUGUUGUUAUAGGGGUUGUUUUUAAAAGUCUGGAACAGAUUAAUCCAUUUCGCAUUACUUUCUAUGGGAAAGCGUGCCAUGGUUUUGGAACGGACUUCCGGAACCAAGGUACCACUGUACUAUGAAACUAAUGAAGCUUAAGCUUCGGGGCCCCUAAUUCCAGAGUAACUCCAGAAGCAUCUUAACAUUUUGGGUUUAGUAGACCUAAUUUGAGUAGCAUUGAAUUGAGUAUAGAUAUUUCAACAAGCCAAAAGUUGAGACUCAGUAGCACAGAACAACCCCACUGAAGAAGAUAACAGUGGUUACCCAGACCUUGUUACUAGUUGUGAAGCCCCCCCCCCCCAAAAAAAAUGUAGGCCACUGAUCGCAACUGCUCACAGUCAAGCGCUCCAUCGUUCCAGAAAUAAUGAAAAUGUACUCAA